AAAUAUACAGAAAAUCUGCAACCCUUUUACAGCACCAAACAAAGCUCAGAAAGUCAAACAUGGUGGUUAUUGAAGGAAACCUCAGUUCAGAGCAGCUUCAGUUCUUUGAUACUAAUGGGUAUUUGGUGUUAGAAUCAUUUGCAAGCCAAGAAGAGAUCCAGUCUAUGAGGAAGAGAAUGGAACAGUUGCUUGAUGAGUUUGAUUGCUCUUCAGAUGCUUCUGUUUUUUCUACCAAGAAUCAACAAGAAACGACUAAUGAUCACUUCUUUGAAAGUGCUGAGAAGAUCUCAUUCUUCUGGGAAGAGAAAGCAUUUGAUGAACAUAGAAACCUAAAGCAGCCAAAGCAACUCUCAAUAAAUAAAGUUGGGCAUGCUCUUCAUGAAAAAGAUGCUGUAUUUAAUAAUUUCUCUAGCUCAGACAAAGUCUCAAGCAUGUUGCGGUCCUUGGGUUAUAAGAGGCCAGUAGUCAUUCAAUCAAUGUACAUAUUUAAGCAACCCGGUAUUGGGGGUGAAGUGGUGCCGCACCAAGAUAACUCUUUUCUGUACACUGAACCAACAACAUGCACUGGCUUGUGGCUAGCUUUAGAGGACGCAACAAUUGUAAAUGGCUGUCUAUGGGCUAUACCAGGGUCCCACAAAAAUGGCCUUGUGAGGAGAUUCCUUAGAGAUGAAAGUGGGGUUCAUUUUGAUAAGCCAUCUCCAUGCUAUUACCAGGAAGAUUUCGUUUCACUUGAAGUAAAAGCUGGAUCUUUAGUAGUCAUUCACGGAGAUCUUAUUCACCAGAGUUUUGAGAACCAGUCUUCAAAGUCACGACAUGCAUACAGUUUACAUGUGGUGGAUACUAAUGGCUGCAAAUGGGCAGAAGACAAUUGGAUUAGAAGAAAUGUAGAUCCAGAGCCCUUGUUCAGUUCUUGAAUCAACUAUCGACGAAGGUCCAAAUCUGUUAUUGCAACAUGGAAAAUUUCAUUGAGAGGAAUCAACAAAGACGGGUCAACAACGUCAACACAUGUAUUUGAGAGAUUAUCCUCGGGCUGAGGAGUGUCCACAUGAGUUCGUUGAGGUGUUUACACAUGCCUGUAGUCCUCUUUUAUACUCUGUCUAGAGUUCGGAUUUCCAUGAACUUUGUGAAAUCAUCCAAAUCUGCCUUUCAUUAAUGUUUAUGGUUACAUUACAUA